CGUCUGUUAUUAAAGUAUGUGGAGAGCUACAUUGAGGGAACUACACUGGACACAAAAGAGAACCCACAGCUUAUACUGGUUCAUGUAUUUAUUUCUACAUCUGAUAGACAAAGUGUCUCUGCAGGACCCUGUUCCAGUCAGUGGUGUUGUUGGAGGCUCUGUCAUCUUGCCAUGUUCAUACAAAGAAAGAAAGCUAAAGACAGAGGAGAUUAAUGUGUUUUGGAGAUACAAACAAAAAACUAUAGUUUAUGAUAUUGAAAAUGGCAGUCCCUUAACAGAAAAUCAGGAUGCAAUGUUUAAAGGUCGAAUAGAAGGUUUUCCCUCAGAGCAUGCGGAUGGAAACUUCUCUCUCAGACUCUCCGAUCUGAGACUCACUGAUGAAGGACAGUUCUCCUGCUUUAUCCUAAAUGUGAAAAAGGAACACAAACUAACGCUGCUAGUCAGAGCAAUGCCAACUACAGUGUCUACUCCAAAAUCAACAGUGAAUGCAAGAAGCUCUUCCAUGAGAGCACAGCCAGAAGGGGUUGCAACUUUCCUGUUGCUGAUUUGGAGAUUUGUAUUUUGCACUAUAUCGGAGUAAUUUGCUAGACUGCUGUAUUGCUGUAGUGCCUUUCUUUAAUGUAUAGUUACAAUCGUUUGAACCUGGACCCCAAAUGUUCUGACUGCUGUAUGAAACUGGCGCCAAAAUGAUUAUUGCAUAUAGAUGUUUGAUAUUACUUUAUUUUUAUUUAUUUGAAGUUCAAACCCAUUAUGGAUACUGUUAGCAGAACAGGUCAUUCUUGCCUUUAUUGGUAAGGGUCUGUAACAUGGGGAAAUGAAGCACACUGCACUGAGAGUGCACACAUGGGCAGUUAACGUAGUUAGAAGGAACUU